GAGCCAUCACUUUUUUUUUAUUCUCCAUUAAGUUAUUUUUAUCUUCUCCAACAAAGAAAGAGAGAACCUAAACAAAAAAAAAAAGAAGAGAGAUCCGAAAUGUCGGUGACGUCGACGGUGGAGGAGAACCACCGGAAAAAUCCAUCUUCUUCGCCGGUGGAGGAGGAGAAGAAGAAGAGGAGAUGGGUGUUUUGGGAUAGAAGGUGGAGGAGAUUAGAUUACGUCAAAUUCUCAGCAUCUUUCAUUGUUCAUUCUCUUGCUCUCUUGGCUCCGUUUUAUUUCACGUGGUCGGCUCUUUGGGUUACGUUUCUGUUUUACACCAUCGGUGGUCUUGGUAUCACGGUGUCUUAUCACCGUAACUUGGCUCACCGCAGUUUCAAAGUCCCUAAAUGGCUUGAGUAUCUCUUAGCCUAUUGUGCCCUUCUCGCUAUUCAGGGAGAUCCGAUUGAUUGGGUGAGUACUCAUCGAUACCAUCAUCAGUUUACUGAUUCAGAACGUGAUCCUCAUAGUCCCAAGGAAGGUUUUUGGUUUAGCCAUCUUCUAUGGAUCUAUGACUCUGCCUACCUUGUUUCAAAGUGUGGAAAAAGAGCAAAUGUGGAGGAUUUGAAGAGGCAGUGGUUUUAUAGGUUUCUUCAAAAAACUGUCAUGUUUCACAUUUUAGGAUUGGGUUGCAUUCUCUUCUAUCUUGGUGGCAUGUCCUUCGUUACUUGGGGAAUGGGGGUUGGAGCAGCAUUGGAAGUGCACGUGACUUGCCUCAUAAAUUCACUCUGCCAUAUUUGGGGCACUCGAACAUGGAAGACCAAUGACACUUCUCGCAAUGUUUGGUGGUUAUCGGUAUUUUCAUUCGGAGAGAGCUGGCACAACAAUCAUCAUGCCUUUGAGUCGUCAGCUAGACAAGGACUUGAAUGGUGGCAAAUUGACAUUUCUUGGUACAUUGUUCGGUUUCUUGAAAUUAUCGGUUUAGCCACCGAUGUGAAAGUGCCAACGGAGGCUCAGCGACGUCGUAUGGCUAUUGUUCGUUGAUAAACUUGCGGGAGCACAAACAAAAAAGAAAGAAAAGGGAUCUAUUCUGUGUAACUAGAAUCAUUUCUAAUCCUAAAAGAGUUAAUGUUUUUUUUUCUUUUUCUUUUUAAAGUUUUGGGUUAAAGCAAAGAACGUUUCCGAUGUGUUUUGGUGUUGGACCAAGUUGGUUGAUUAAGAUAUUUGUCGUAAUUGGUACUUAUAAAAUCUUUUUUUAUA